AUGAUGAACCAAAUUGUUGCUUCCCAACCUUAUGUCAUUGAAAACUCCGUACAUUUAACACGGCCAGGUUUCGACUCGUUCUUACAAUCCGAUGCAAAUGAUGAUCCCAGAAUUGUUGAUAAACGUCAAGCUAAACGUCUCUAUCGUUUACAAGAAAUACCUAACGUAAACACGAGUUUUCAUUUGGAUACUUCCGAAGUAGACUAUGAAACACACGGACAGUUUGAAAGUAAUCUUCGUAAACAAAUAGAUCAAAGUUCUGCUCAACCAUCUAAAGCAGUAUAUCACGCACCGACAGAUCUAUCGAAUGAAUCAUUGGCAAAAUUUUCAUUUGGAAACAGUCGUCUUGACCCUCAAUAUCUUGUCCCAAGUCAACUGACAACAGUUCGUAAUCAUCCAGCUGCUAUUUCUAUGCUGCGGCACGAAAAAGACUCUGAUCAUGAAUUCGUUCCUCGUUUUACUGAUCGAUUAGUUCCGGACCGAGCAAUUCGUGCUCGACUAGGUCCCGGUGGUGCACUCAAUCCUGAAGAAGAUUGUAGACAAGCUGUAGAGUAUCUUCAAAGUCAAUAUCUUUCAUAUUCUGAACCUAACUUUGCGUUCAGUCCAAGACAAAAACAACAACAACAACAAUCUAUAAUGAAUGAAUUAAAACGCGAUGAACUUGCUCGCCAAUAUAUGUACACAUCAUCUCAACAAGCUUCUUAUGAUGAUGUACCAUGGGACUUGUUAGAUUCAAGAUCACAAGUACCAUUAACAAGUUUAGAAGCGUAUGGUACCGGCCCAUCAUUCAAGCCGAGACGGCGUCCAAUACUUCACGAUACACGUAACUUGAAAAUUCUUGAUUGGGAUCGUACAGAACCACGACAUGCCAAUUACGGUCGAAAACCAUUCAAUAACGUUGCACCAUUAACACGAGCACAACAAAUACCCGGUUAUUCAGGUUCAAUCGGCGGUUAUAACCUACAGGAUAUUGAUAAUCCAGAAAUUGCCUAUGAACCUUUUACAGUAGUUCGUACUGAACAACCUAAAUUUUCGACGAGUCCUCGUAAAGCAAACAUCCCGUUCUAUACGGGACAAACUCAUUGGACUAAGGUAGAUCCUGUAUCUCAUUAUGAUCAAUCCGGCCAUGGUUACACAACAACAGCAGCAUUUCAUAAAUCACUGCCUCUCGACAAUUCAUCGUAUCGCCAUAGCGAUCUAAAUGGAUCAUUAUCUCGUAUUGUAACAACGGUUAUGCCGCAAAAUCCGUUCAAUCAAAUAGAUGCAAGUAGUAAAACAGUAAAUGCAUCAUUAGAUAGUCGGUCGCAUCAUGCAAUACGACCAUUACCGGCAAGAAGAUUAUUACCAUUAAAGGAUAAUACAAAAACCGAAGAACAGAUUGUUAAUAAUCAAGUCACCAAUUAG